UCCAUUUCCAUGACGACGGAGAGGGUUGUUGGCGCGGAGAUGAGGAGCGCGAUGGAGGCAGACACCAGGAGAGCCAAUCAGGUCCCCGAGGAUCACGAGGUAGACGAUAGCUCAGAGAAAACUCCAAGCAAAGCGUCCAAAUCUCCUCAGAAAAGCUCCAAGAGACCCAAGACCGUGCCUGUCAAAGUCACUCUAUUGGAUGGAUCGGACUACGACACUGCAGUAGAGAAAUUUGCCAAAGGACAGACUCUGCUGGACAUGGUGUGUGGCCACCUGAACCUGCUGGAGAGGGACUACUUCGGACUCAUGUUCCAAGACACUGACAACUCCAAGAAUUGGCUGGAUCCUUCCAAAGAGAUUAAGAAGCAGAUUCGGGUGGGUUCCUGGGUGUUUGCGUUCUCAGUCAAGUUCUAUCCUCCAGACCCAUCAGUGCUCAUCGAAGACAUCACCAGAUACUACUUGUGUCUCCAGUUGCGUGAUGACAUCUUGUCCGGCCGCCUGCCCUGCUCCUUCGUCACCCACGCGCUCUUAGGCUCUUACACAGUACAAGCUGAAAUAGGGGACUAUGAGCCAGAGGAACAUGGUCCGGACUAUGUCAAUGACUUCCGCUUUGCUCCAAACCAAACGCGAGAGCUAGAGGAGAGAGUGAUGGAGCUGCACCGAAACUACAGGGGGAUGAGUCCGGCUGAGGCGGAGAUGAACUUUCUAGAAAAUGCCAAGAAGCUUUCGAUGUAUGGAGUGGACCUACAUCAAGCCAAGGACUCGGAGGGGAUCGACAUAAUGCUAGGAGUCAGCGCUAGUGGUCUACUGAUCUACCGAGACCGCCUCAGAAUCAAUCGCUUCGCUUGGCCAAAGAUCCUCAAGAUUUCCUACAAGAGGAGCAACUUCUACAUCAAGAUCCGUCCAGGCGAGUACGAACAGUUUGAAAGCACCAUAGGCUUCAAGCUGCCCAACCAUCGGGCUUCCAAGAGACUCUGGAAAGUCUGCAUUGAGCACCACACUUUCUUCAGAUUGGUGUCUCCAGAGCCACCUCCUAAGGGCUUCCUCGUGAUUGGCUCAAAGUUUCGGUACAGUGGGCGAACUCAGGCUCAGACCAGACAGGCCAGUGCUCUCAUCGACAGACCCGCCCCCCUCUUCGAACGCUCUAUCAGCAAGAGAUACAUGCUGCCCAGGAGCCUGGAUGGAGCCUCAGCUCUUGGGGACAGCAUGGACCAGCUGUCUCAGAGGAGCUCCAGUGACCGCACACAGUUCAUGUCUAGAGAAGAUCUGGACCAAGAGGGAAGUCUGGACCUGGAUCAUGACCAGUACCACUACGAAGAUCAGGACCAAGGAGACUUUACAGACCAUGAGUUAGACCAGGGUCCAGACCCUAGGUACAGGUCAAGCCGGGACUCUGAGGUCUCUCCACCGCCCAUCAAAACCAUCGAAGUCAAGCGAGAGGAGGCAGGCUCCCCACUAGACUCAAAGCCCGAGGACGUGGUGGUGGCACCUCGGCCCAAACAGGAGCAGUUUUUGGAUAAACCUGAGGAUGUCCUUCAGAAGCACCAGGCGAGCAUCAACGAGCUGAAGAGAGCUCUGAGACAGCCCAACAGCAAGAAGCGCGUCCCCUCUUCCACCUCCUCCACAUCCCCUGGAGGAACGCCUGAACGAAAACCCGCGAUGGGUGAUGCCAAAAUGAUUGACAACCAGGCUUACGAUGGAACAGUGGACUCUUGUAGGACAUCUUCGAGUAGAGAAACAUGGACUGACUCUCACAUGAACAAUGGUCAAAUGCCUUGGGAUGCAACCAGACAGAGGAAAGCUGUAUCCCCAUACCAGGACGUCUCUCCGUCCUCCAUGACUAAUGGACAUUACAAAGGAUUCACCACACAUGCCAUUCAUGAAAACGGAUAUGCUGCGCACUGUCACAGUUUUGAAUCUUACCCAAAGGACAAUGGUAGCAAAACGAGUGACAGCAAACCUUGUGAUGCUUCCAAGAGACCUCAAGAGGGCGCCAUGACUGAGAAUGUGCAUUCAGAAGUUACUAGAGUUGUUCCUUUAAAACCGCAAAGAUCCAAGAAAUCUUUGAAUAAGGACAAUAAAGUGACUACAAGCUUUCAAACUACUUGGUCUGAAAAAAUCCAAGAUACAUCCAGUGAGACAGCAAGGAUGCUAUCAGAUAAUGCUGCAACUCAAAAUAUUAUAAAAGAAAACCCACCAGUCAUUAGGGACCAGAGUGGAGCAGCAGCAACACAAUGCAGAAAUGAUUUGCUAGACCAAAAACAGCAUAGUGAUUUUGGACCAACAGGGAAUACUAGACAGGAAGAGCAUAUUCAAAACAACACAGAAUUCAAGGUCCCCUCAGCCCCUCCUCGAAGUCUUCCACUGAAAACCCAAUGGUCCCGCGAUCGUCCCAGCCAUGUGGACACCAGCCACAUCCACCACAGGACGUCCAGCCAGGAGACAAGCAGCAGGAAGCAAGCGGAGACUCCUCCCACUCCAGCCAUCCAUGAAGAGCCUCCUAAUGAAGCAUCCAGGGAGCCGUGGGAGCGGCGCCUGGGCUCUGUCUCCGAGGAUGACCAGGACCAUGAGAGCCUGUACCUUAAGGAGACUCACCUGGGCAUUGAGAGAAAGUGCUCCAGUAUAACGGUGAGCUCCACAUCUAGUCUGGAGGCUGAGGUGGACUUCACUGUGCUCACAGACCUGCACAGUGGCAUGGAGGAGUUCUCCAGAGGCAUGUCCGAGCUUGGAGAGAGAGACCUGUCCCCAGACCGGGGCCUGUGUCUGGGCAUUGACCUCCUGCACCAGCUCCCCCCAGAACCACUGCCCCCUCUAGUGGCCGCCCCUCUGCCCAAAGUCAGCAGCAGUCCCCCCACCAGGCCAGUGCAGGCGGAGGAGGUGCGGUCAGAUGUGCCCCGGAGGACUGAGGGACCAGAGGUCAUCAGACAGCCUGUGGUUCCCAAAAAGCCAAAGCGUUCGGUGCCUGUUUCGUCAUCUGUGGACAGAGAGAGCAGUAGGGUGGGGGCUGUGACACCUCUGAGCAGAGAAGCCAGUGAUGUGACACCUACUCCAGCACCCAGGAAGACAGAUGUACGCACAGAGACCCAGCCCAACGGAGCAGAGGUCACCACCACCAUCGUAGAGUUCACUGACCAGGAUCAUGGUCUUAGCAGUCUCAGUGAUGCGCCCUACUCAACAAGACAAAGUGUUUCUCCAGUUCAUAUGAGCACUUUUGGCAGAGAGAGUGCCGGGUCGCCCAUCCUCAUGACUGAAAAUGUUACCUCAGCCACCACUCAUGUCACCAAAACGGUGAAGGGAGGGUACUCCGAGACCAGGAUCGAAAAGAGGAUCAUCAUCACAGGAGACGAUGACGUAGACCAGGAGCAGGCCCUGGCCAUUGCGAUCCAGGAGGCCAGGCAGCAGCAUCCGGACAUGCAGGUGACGAAGGCUGUGGUUGUCAGGGAAACCGAGUCAUCCACUGAAGAUCGACACGGGGCAUCUGAGUUGUGAUUCCUCAAGACUAGAGUGCCCCCCUAUGGCCCAUACAUGUCAGUGCCCCACCUGGACCUACCACCCACUGUCUGAACUCCAGCCAGCGGCCUCACC